CACAAAACACACACAAGCCUUCACCAAUUUCUGUCACUUGUCUUCAGUAUAGACAUGUAUAGACAUAGACAUAGAUAAUUUAACUAUUUAUAUUUAAGCACGUUACUCUUUCUUUUGCUUGUUAUUAGAAAUCAUCUGCAGGAACUCUAUUCUUUGCGGAUGUGUAGUUUUGUAACCAAACGCUGCCAGCGUUUUUUAAACUAAAAAAGCACCUUUGUCAACUUUUUCUUGUCAAAAAAGAAGUCAUGUGUGAACAUGGCCUUACCAACUUUUUUCGGGAACACAAAACAUUUCUAACUUUUUUUUAAAUUACUUAAGUUACAGUUUAAGAAUGUUUUGUGAAUCCGCCUCCCGCUUCAGAACGUGAGAUUUACUGCAGAAAGAUUUUCAAAACAACAAUUUCCAUACAAAUAAUUUUUUCUUGUAUGUAUCUUGUCAAAGAACAUAACAGCCAUAGUUCCACCACCACAUCUACUGCUGAUCAUACAUGUAUAUAUUUAAAGUGGGAUCUCACUAUCAUUUUAUUUAUUUAUUCCGAUGGUGCUAAUAACAGGAUACAACAAUCCCUGCAAAACAUAAACUGUGUUGAUAACUCCACAAUAUUCUUAUGAAGAGUUUGGUUUCAAAAUGAGAUAACUCCCUUUUUAAAAUUGAUCAAAAUGUUUGUUUUUAUUGUGCAUUCCAAUUAAUAUCAAUGAAACUGCAGUUGGUUUGUUUUCAGUUAUUACUAUUAUUACAUAAUAAAAAACAUGAUUUUGGAAACAUUUAUUAAAAAUUUGGAAAAAUUAUGAGUUCUCUCAUAUUGGAACUAAACUCUUCAUAUUUACCAUAAUAUAAUUUAAUGACAUAAAAUAGUCAUUCAGUUACAUCCUACUUUAGAAAAUACAGACUGUUUUGCAAGAGUAAAACUACAUUAGUCCAACAGCACUUGCUCUUUUAGUUUAUUCUAGACUACUGUUUAAAAUACACAAUGAUAUAUUAUACAAUCUUCUUGAUGUUCGGUUCAGGUCUAUAUGGUUCAAUUGUGUAGAGAUAAAACACUGAAACAGGAACCAGGGUUGUUUACAUUCUGCAAAAUGGUAGUAUAUUAUUCUAGAAAUCUCUGUUUAACUGCAGACGGAAACGACGGUUACCAUGGUGAUGACAAGUAAGAAUCUUAAAGCGGAAAUUGAUUAGGUGUAUGAAAAAAAACACCGGCUGAAGGCAGAUCAACAGAAUGUGACAGAUAGUGUUUUAUAUAUCAUGAUUCAUGACUGUGUCGUGUUUAAAUGUUAUAUUUUAUCAUAAGCACGGAUGAUGAGAAGAGUGACGUGUAGCGGACACGGGUCAUCGUGAUCCCCUUUAAACGUCUCAUUUCACUCACAGUGGUCGUGUUCAGAUGAAGGGACGCACAUCAUCAUCAUCACCCCCCCCCCACCCUCUCAUCCUCACAUCCCAAUGUUGCAUCCCAUCACAAACACACAACCUCCAGAGCUUCAGCAACCUGCGUGACCAUGUCUGUCAUUCAUCAGAUCAUCUGUACGAUGUGUGUUGUGGUGCGUGUGUUGGGAUGGCAUGAUUUAGACAACCGUGAGUAUGACUGCUGGCCUCUGGACAAACCAGAUGAACUCAACAUGAUCGACUGCGGAGGUCUGGAAAUGGCGUGGGUUCUGCGUCCUCCAGAGAAGGUUCUGAGCGGUGAAGAGUUCACUGUCAUUUACUCUGUGACGGUCAGAGAUGAGUUUUAUCAGUGGGCCGUAAACAAUGAUAUAUUCAUACACAGGUCCAUCACAGACCCGGCUGAAGCCAGAAGAUUCUGCGAGAAUCACGAAUGUCCCGGCAACUGGAAAGAUGCAAACGGAGAGAACUGCUGCAUCCAUCACGCCAACAUCCACUCCUGCCCCAUGGGAUACAUGAAACAGGCGGAGGAGAGAAUCUGUGGCCCGUGGAUUCCAGAUGAUGGCCGAAUCUUCACUCACACCAUCUCCACCGCUGGAAAAAUGACACAGACAAACUGGACGGCAAAGGUGGUGUUGUUUCACGAGGGUUUGACGUCUCUGAUUGCUCACAUCCGUGUUGGAGACAUGCAGGUCGCUCUGGAGGCCAAAAGCAUUGUCCUGCCCGCUAUCAUGUGUGGGGACGGUGUGUGUGAGGAAGAAGAGAGUUGUUCUACAUGUCCUGCAGAUUGUGGUGACUGUCCGCUCAGUUCUGCCGGACGAGCCGCUAUCGCUUUAACUGUGACCAUCGUCAUCAUCAGCUUCGUCAUCAGUGCUAUGUGGUUUAAAUAUCAGAAACAGAAGCUCUUCUGGGAUGAAAGUUGGAUCAUUGACUUCGAUCACAUUAAACAUGAUCAUGUUGCCCGGGCGACCAUGGGCAGUAUCAUGAGUGUUCCAGCUGCAAACAGUGACUCAAAUGCCAGUUGUGUGACGGCACUGAGCUCGUACACGGGUGUCACUACGACACGCAAACAACUCUACACACACACAGGCAUCUAUGACGGACGAACUGUUGCCAUCAAGAAAAUGAAAAUGAAAUCAUUUUCCCUCUCGAAGACUAUUCGCCAGGAGGUGAAACAAGUGAGAGAGCUGGACCAUCCAAACCUCUGUAAGUUUUUUGGAGGUUGUGUGGAGGUUCCAAACGUUGCCAUAGUAACAGAGUACUGUCCUAAAGGAAGUCUGAAUGAUGUUCUACUGAACGACGAGAUUCCUUUAAACUGGGGCUUCAGAUUUUCCUUUGCUACAGACAUUGCUCGUGGGAUGUCUUACCUCCAUCAGUAUAAGAUCUGCCAUGGACGUCUUAAAUCCACGAACUGUGUUUUAGAUGACCGCUGGGUUUGUAAAAUCACAGAUUACUGUCUGUGGGUUUACCGGCGUGAAGACUGCGCAGAGCCGCUCACAACAUAUCAACAGAGACUGAAGGAGGUCUACACACCACCUGAAGCUCAGAACGAUGAUCAGGAGCCCACGCUAGCCGGUGAUGUGUUCAGUUAUUCAAUAAUCUUAUUGGAGAUCGCAACCAGAAAUGACCCAGUGCCAGUUGAGGACAGUUCUCUGGAGUGUGCAUGGUGUCCUCCGCUGCCCGAGUUGAUUUCAGGAAAAGCCGACAGCACCUGCCCCUGUCCUGCUGAAUACGCUGAGCUGAUUCGAAGGUGUCGUGCUAAUAACCCCACCCACCGGCCCACCUUUGAACAGAUACGCAAGUUUGUGAACAAAAUCAACCCACAUAAAGUCAGUCCCGUAGACAUGAUGAUGGAGCUGAUGGAGAAGUACAGUAAACAUCUGGAGGUUCUGGUUGGGGAACGGACGCAGGAUUUGAUGCUGGAGAAACAAAAGACAGACAGACUUCUCCACAGUAUGUUGCCAAAACAGGUGGCAGAUGACCUGAGACAGGGAAAACCUUCACAAGCUCAGAGUUACAUCAGUGCCACUGUCUUCUUCAGUGAUAUCGUGGGUUUCACACAGUUGUCCAGCUCCAGCACGCCAUAUCAGAUCGUGGACUUCCUCAAUAAACUCUACACCACCUUUGAUGACAUCAUCGACAACUAUGACGUCUAUAAAGUGGAAACAAUCGGGGAUGCCUACAUGGUGGUGUCAGGGGUACCCAGAGUGAACGGCAUUCUUCACGCAUCAGAGAUCGCCAGCAUGGCUCUUGACCUGGUGUCUGUCUGCAAGACCUUCAGAAUCCCCCACAGACCAGAAACACAUCUGCAGAUCCGCGCUGGAAUACACUCGGGUCCUGUAGUGGCAGGAGUUGUAGGAACGAAGAUGCCACGAUACUGUCUGUUUGGGGAUACGGUCAACACAGCGUCUCGUAUGGAAUCCACCAGCGAAGCGUUAAAGAUUCAGUGCAGCUGCAGCACGUUCUACCUGCUGGAGGAGAUCGGUGGAUACACGCUGACCUGUAGAGGCGUGUCACAGGUGAAGGGCAAAGGGGACAUGGUGACAUACUGGCUGGAAGGCAAACGUGCUGCAGCACCCGGUAAAGACUCAAAGAAACCAGCGCUGCUGCAGGAGUCUGAGGACUACACCAGUAUCCCAGGAGUCCUGAGCCCGUCUAACAGCACUGAUCUCCUGUGUGACCCCAACUAACAUCUCUACACCAAAUCGCCUUAGAAUUAUAAGGUUCUCUCUGACAUUUCGGUCAAAAUUGAGUUAUUCACAUAUUCAGACAUUAUGCCAUGUUUUUUUUUAAUGUGUGCAUUUUGGGACUUUUUGGAAGAAAACAAAAAGGUUCUUUCUACAAAAUCGAAAUAUAUAAGGUUCUAUCAGAGCCAUUGAGAUAGAGUUCUGCCAUCGUAAGUCCAAAACGCUGGAGCGUCACGUGAUUCGUGGAGCCUUGAGAUAGUUCCAGGAAGUUUUGUUUUCUUUCUUUUUUUAUUCAUAAAAUGAUUUUCGUCUUUAAAUGGGUUAGAAGUUCACUUCAGUUAGUCCGAUACUUGUAACUUCCGGGAACUAUUGAGAGCCUCCAUGAAUCGCUCCAUUAGAGUUUUCAGUCAUACUCAUCUCUAAAAAGACAUUUGAUCCGUCCCACAUUCUGUGAAUAAUACAUCCAUUCAAGCACGGCCUUUUAUGCUUAACUUCAACAAGAAAGAAGCAUCCUAAAAUAGGAAAUAAGUGUCAUAAAAACCAUGUAAAUGUACCUUUUAUUACACAUUAUUAUACAAUAAUUUCAUGUCUUAACAAAGUAAUAAGCAAAUAGUUUGUGUUGCUUGAAAAUGUGAUGCUUUAAAGAAAGUUUAGCAGAUUGAACCUCAUCAUUCUAAACCAGAAGGUCAGAAGGUUCUAUCUGCGUUUGACCUGAUCCAAUUUUUUUUAUUUUUACAAAUUUCAUAAAAUGUUGGUAUUGUACAUUUUGAAUACAUUUGGGGUCUCUGUCUUUUUCAUGUUUAAAAGAGAUUUGUUCCUCAUAUCAUUUUUGCUGUAUGAAAUGCUGAAACUUUAAAGCUCAAAACCUAAAAACUACUCAGACCGCAGAUAGAACCGUAUUAUUCUAAGACGACGAAAUGUGUCUUUAAAAUGUGCUGUGAAAGUCAAUGUAUUCUUCUCUUCUGUUUCACUUCUAUUAUUAAUAACAGUUAUAGAUGAACACUGUUAAAUGUUAAAUGUUAAAUGUUAAACUCUGGUUACGCUGUAGUAUCUUGAGAAUGAAGAAGUGUUGUGCUGUUGAGGCUAAAAUAGACUACGAGACUUUCGCUCAGAUUUCCGUCUGGACUUGUUGCAGUCUGCAGAUUUGAUCAGUUACUGUGUUUCUUUCUGAAACUUUCAAACGGCUGCAAGUCUAUGAUGUCUGUUCAGAUUUAAAAAGUCUUGUUGUGUAUUCCAGCCAUUAAAGAGACAUGUAAGCAUCA